AUGGUAGACCCUGCGGGGAGCCUUAGCUUUAUCAGUAUCGCCUUCAGUGUCAUCGGAGCACACAAUCCUCUCCAUCACGACAACAUGGUGAAAGAGAACAAGGACAUCAAGAGAAAGAGCGCGGCCUUCCUGUCCCGCGCCGGGGAGGAUCUGGUGCGUCAGUUUGAGCUGUCGCUGGACGAAGGCGAUGAGGAGGAAACCGAAAACGGAGCGGAUCCGCACCUGGUGAAAGAACUCACUGCAAGAAUAGAAGAUCUCAAAGAUCAGCUGAUAGCGAGCAAGCGUGACCUGGAGCAGGUCCUGCUGGAGCGGGAUGAGGCCAGGGAUGAAGUCCAGGGAAUCUCCGAUCAGGGGAAACAGUUUGCCGAGCAGUUACUUCUGGAGAGGCAAGGCCAUGAAGCGACCAAAGCCUCCAUGGAAGCAGACAGAGUUGCCCAUGAAACCAUGAAGAUGGCGCUGGAGGAAAAGAUACAGACCAUUGCACAGUUCAGGAGAGUUUCGACGGUGGUGUUCCAGGAGCUGUUUGAAGUCAAAGGCAAGUACGAGGAGGAAGCCAUGCUCAGAGAGAAAGCUGAGAACUUUGCAGCACAGAUGUACAAGGAGAGGCAGGCAGCCGACGCUCACAAGCGUCAGAGCAUGCUGAUGUUGAACGAAGCCAUCGGCCCGGACGAGAAACUAGAGGAAGUCUUGAGAGAAGUGGAGCAACUCACCAAGACCCUGGCCGAUGAGAAACAGAAGCACGAGAAGGAGGUGGCACAGAUGCAAGCCAAUCUCCGCGAGGCGGGAGACAUGGAUCACCUUGACUCCCUGGAGACGAAGCUGAGCAUCGCCCGGGAGGAGAACGAAGCCCUGGAGAAGAAAGUCAACGAGCAGCUGCCCAACAUCCGCAAACUCCAGGACAAGAUCGCCGAGCAAGACCUGACCGUCAAGAAGCUGAUGGCAGAGCUGGAUAAGGCGAUGCUCAAGCCCGUGGCUCCCCCUCCCCCUCCGCCUCCCCCACCUCCUGUGCCGCAGUCUCCUCUUGAAGUCCUUCGAAAGAUUAUUGGCGUGAGGCGGGCAAACAAAGGAGGAGGGUCAGCCUCCACACAAACAGACGGCGGUGGAGAUAAGGCAGGGAAAGGUGAUCCCCACCAGAAGCAAUACGAGGCCACCAUCGAUGAGAUGAUGAACCGAAUCAAGAGUGGGCGUGUCAAAUUGAAACCAGUACAAACCGAGGAGAAGACGUUACUGACCAGGAAAGGUCCUGGCUCCAUCAGAAACAUGAGCCCUGCUAUGAGCCAACUCAACGGCAUGUUGACCGUGCUAAAGAAGAGAGGACAUCACGGUGACGCUACCGCCGGGUCAGACGGUUCUGCCCAGGGAGCCCCUAGCCCCGAGCUGGCAGCCAUCAUGCAGCGGCGGAGGAAAAAGACAGAAGAAAUUGUCCUGGAUAAACCGGCUGUUGGAGAAACCCAAGACGGGGCCCAGUCUGAUGGCCAUGUUGGCAAUCCUCCAGAGAGACAGAAUGGCACCACGCCAAAGUCCAAACGAAAGCCUCCAGUACCAGUGCCUAGGUCGUCAUCAACGACAAGCAUGUAUGAACAGGAACCUUUACACAGCAAACUCACCAAGAGCACAAGUGUCGACAGCGGAAUGACCGACGGCAACACGGCGUCCAAGGAAGACAAAACCGACACGGCCAGCAUCAAGACAUGUCCCGAGAUGAGCCUGGCCGAGGAAGGAGCGUACUCGGAGAUCGCGCCGGACGCAGACGACAAGAAGUCUGACAUGUCCCUCUCGGGAUCCUACCCGUCCUUCAAGGGCUCCUCGGAAGCCUCCUCGGAAUUUUCGGAAAAGGACUCGGAAGUCUCGUCCAACAAAGGCUCUGGGGAGCUGGAGGAUAUCCUGCUCCAUGCCAACCCGGCUUACGAGAGCGCGGAGAGUAUUCAGUUUUCCGAGGAGGGGGAGGGGCACGUUGGGGAGGAGGACGCUUAUGAAACGUUGAGAAUCGGCGCUGCCAACAGUACACACAACGGAAACUCCACCUACAGUACUGUACAGUAACAAAGUGUAAUAUAUGCCAAACUUGUCGUAUGGGCAUUUGUUAAAUGUGCAUGUAUAUUACAUACAAUGAUUUGUGAGUAUUUUUUUCCUCCAGAUAUCGCUAUUAUGAGUUGAACAAAAAGAACAGUUGAAUUUUGGAAUAAAGUAUUUGGAAUCUGUUGAUUCUAUUGAUUAUGUACAAGUUGAGAUUUUGAUAUUAUUUAAAUGUGAUGCGCAUUUUCAGUACUGUGGAUCGUGUUUUUUACCUGUUCAUUGAGCUUAGCUAUAGCUGUUUAAAAUGUGUAGCCGUCACAAAUUUAUUGGUUUUUUGGGGGGCCAAAAAAUAUUGGCUUUGUUUUACGUUCUGAUCUGAAAGAAACUAUAAGAUUUCCAGCAAUAUUUUGAAUCGGCUGUUUCAGCUGAAUUUAAGAUGUCUUUAGGGAGUUAGUUUUGACAAUACAAUCUCAAAGUAUUGAAAAUUAAUUGCAUAAAAUGCUUGCUCACUGGAUCAGGAAACCAAGACACUAAGGAUCAAAUUUGAUUUAUUUUGGUAAUUCUUAAGUUAAAAUCUGCUUGCUUGUGUAAAUACCUUUUUUUGUGCAAACUUGCAUAAAAAGCCUCACGGCCUCCAAACCUCUUCCAAUAAUACCAGGUACUUAUAUAGCACUUGUAACUAAGAUCAAAGUGCUUUACAGUAUUGUUAUCCCUGAUCUUUGGGCUAAUGAAACAUUCCAAAUACCAUCUCAGCUCCCUGGGGAUUAUACAGCUGGAUGCUACCAUAUCGGUGCAAAGCAGCUAAAAUCACUCCCAAUAACCAUCUCUGCCCUCAUAGGUACCCAUUUACUCCUGGGUUGAGAGAAGCAAAGAGUGACAAAGUGCCUUGCCCGAGGGCACACACGCCACACCCCAGGCUGGAACCAAACCCACAGACUUACCCGCUAACCACGAGUUCAAUGCUCCAGACUACGAGGCCACGGCACUCCACAAGUGAAACCUAGCCUAUCAGUCUUGAAACCUUUCUUAGCGACCCAACCUCAAAACCCUGCCUUUGCCAUGGUUAGGGCUCCACCUUUGUACAGCAUAUCUCAAAAUCACUCUUUGCAAAACUCGUUUUCCUGGCAAAUAGUCAACCCCUUGCUUCUGCCAUGUAACUCUGCCCCUGCAAUCUCAAAUUUUCCUUCAACGCUCCUCAAAUGCCACAUUGUAUCAUUUGCAAUUACAUGUACCCAGAAAAGUACCUACCGAUGUAAAGACAGAAAUAAUUGCUCAAAGUGAAGAUAGGACUGGUAUCAAAUACCCUUUGAAGGUAUUCCGCCUGAUCAAUGGCAUCGUUUGGAAGAAACUAACAUCGAAGGUGGUUUCAAAUUUCAGUGCUUGCAGGCACACUUUUUUACGUGCAUUAGCAACGGAAUCCAGGUAUGAGACCAAAAACAAAUGUGCAUAUGUUUUCUCUUCUUUUUUUUCCAAAAAUGUAUAGUAUCCACUGAGCUGAAAGUUCAACAGGGUAGUUAUGCCCAUUACUUAAGAUAAUGAGCAAUUUUGUUGCUUCCAACAAGCUCCCUCCCUUGGCAAACCCCAAGUCCUGUUCCAUUCAAUCC